CAAUAUAGACUACAUAUAGAGGAUAGGGAACGGAGGGCAAAUACUAAAUAGCACGAAACCUGUACUAGAAGGAUUGCAAACCACUCUUAGGAGAGAUGCGCAUGUGCUAUGUUAUGAGGUGCAACUACUGAAGCACAAUAUAGUGAAACAACACCAAUAACAGUAUUCACACACCUUCACAGUUACACUAACCUUAACGGCCCUGAGCAAACAAACAUAACUUACCAACAAUCGGAACACUACCGAGUGCAGUGAAGUGGACUGCACGUACAACCAUUAGUUUGAUAAUCUAUGCACGGGAACAACUGCAGUGGUGGUAUAGCGCUAUUUAACGUAUACAUAUUCGUGCUUAGUUAGUUGUAACCAUGGUGGAGUUCCUGAUGGUGAGUGAGGGUAAGUACUCUCGUGUGACAGUCGAUGGCAACAGUGAGGUGCUCUCGUGCACACGCGAAGACCCACUUUUAGGCGCCACCACCUUUUUGCCACGACAGCGCUUUGAGCUGCGAUAUCUACUUACGUGUGAUAUACGUACAGAUGGCAAUAUAAAUACAAGUAGCAGUACACAUCAACAGAAUGUUAGCAACCACGGCGCAUUAGCGGGUGUUGACACGAAAGCAUACACAUCUGGCGGUGGUGAAGACAGGUUACAUGCACGUGACUCUAGUGGAGAGCGUAGCGGUGGAUCGCAUUCAGUCUCGCUGACCUUUCUGGACGACGAGGCUAUGCAGGCAGACCGAUGCACAUUCAAGGCCAAACGUAUUGAGUUCCAUGCUAGGCCACAGCGGCCCGUGACCCAUUCGGAUGGGACGUCCGCAACUGAACACACAAAGGAGGACGAUACCUACAGCGUGCAGUGUCUAUACGACACCAUUUGCGCCUACUGGCCGACAGGCCCACAGUCUAUCAUGCAGCUGUGUAGACCCGUGGAGGUAUGGAGGCAAGGGCGUGCGCGUGCGUAUGCGAAGUCUUCUUCGAACCAGUACUGGUUUGUGAUGAGGUUGGGGUUGGCACGCGUUGAUGGGUAGCGUGUGCUUGUGUAGUGUGGUAUGACGUCCGCGUGAGGAAGAAGUAUUAUCAACUAGGUUUAGGGAGUUUUGGUGGGAGUACUUCUCGAUGUGCAGACGCCGGCCUUCUAUGCCAUGUGAUAAGUUACAGUUACAUACGGUAUACAAGCGUGUGAACGCGUAUUCAUCUAGCACUAGCGCAUUUGUGUACAUGAAGUCUUUCAGUGAUAGUGGGUGGAUUCAAUCUAUCGAUGUACAUGCAUGUAUCGAUGCAUCAGGUUAUGUAAACCGUAAAUUUAAGCGUUUUUUUCCGUCAGCUAGAAUGGAGUUUUGUGUACUUAUAUGUAGGUCCUCGUUUACGUAUCAGCUAGUACGUCUAGCUGUGCGGACGUCUAACACCUGCAUCAUAGCUAAUUUCAAUAAAAUAUGAUUGCAAACGAUUAGCAAUUGAUUCAAG